GCCUGUAUUUUUACGAUGGUUCCUUCCCCCUAGUUGCUUUUAUCAGCUCACCCCGCGCUUUGUUUAACAACGAUUAGUGGUGCAAAUAUGCAAUACGGUGAUGACUAAUUAUCAGAACGGCGCCAAAGCGUACAACUAAGCGGAAACCACCGUCCGUUCAAUCAGAAUGUUGGAUAUUGAUUGGAAGAGUUUCUCAUGGAAUUGGACAGAAUUCUGUCCAACGGGUCUGAAACCGUUUGCUAACGAUACAAACGAUCUGCUGCCCUGCUUCCAGAAGAUAUUGCUCCAGCUGCCCAUCUAUUAUAUAUUUGCGGCCAUAUCCGCCUACAAUUUCGGCAAUCAGACGCGACAAGUCGUACGGAAUAAGACGCAACUCCGGCUAUUGUCAUGCCGCACAAUACUCAGCAUUGUGCUGGCACUGCUACCCGUAGCCAAGAUAUUUGUAUUCCAUCGCGAGGGCAUUCCACUCUAUGCGGUCGACACUCUGGUGGUUGCCACCGAAUGCAUUAUGUGGGUGGUACACAGCGGUUUCCUGCUGACGGCUCGACACUCUGGCGACAUUAGUCAUCGCGGCACUCUCCUCACCAAUGUUUUCUGGCUGACGAUUGUUGUUUUGGAUGGCGUCUGGCUGCGCACCAGUCGGCAUUUCGACUGGUGGCCCUGGAGCCUGGCCACUCUACUAUGUGAUCUUCUCUAUGGGGCCACGCUGCUGCCCACGGGCUCAGCAGUGUACUCCAGUCAGCCACGUGGCGGUGCGAGCAGAGAGGAUGAAGCCUUGCUCUCCAAUCGCUAUACUUACUUUCAUUUCGACAUGAAUGAAGCUCACUUGGGGCAUGCCCAGGAUGAGGCCAACUGGGCGUCGCGUUUCCUCUUCCAUUGGGUGCAUCCUCUGAUUGCCAAAGGAGUGGCCGGAAAGCUGCGAAAGAUUGAGGAUCUCUUUGAUCUCCCGGAUGCCUUGAAUAUCACGCGAUUGAGCGAGCGCCUGCACCUGGCACUCUCGCAGUCCCAGAGCCUCUGGCGUGCCCUGCACAAGUGCUUUGGUUUGGAGUUUUACCUCAUUGGACUCCUGCGACUUGUGGCCGAUUUGAGUGGCUUUGCGGGUCCCCUGCUGCUGGGCGGACUCCUUCGGCAGGGCCAGGACACGGACUCGAAUUCGUCGCAGGCCUACUACUAUGCUCUGGGGCUGUUUGGCAGCACUCUGCUGUCCGCCUUGUGCUCCACACACUUUGAUUGGCGUAUGGCCAUGGUGUCGAUGAAGAUGCGGGUGGGCGUGGUCAACAGUAUCUACCGGAAGGCGCUGGAGGCCCGUGGCAUCAAGGGAAGCAAGCCGGAUAUGCUGAAUCUAAUGUCCACGGACACAGAUCGCAUUGUAAACUCUUGCAUUAGCUUUCACUUCUUCUGGAGCAUACCCUUCAAGCUGUUUACGACACUGUAUCUACUGUAUCUGCAGCUGGGCGCCGCCUUCCUGGCGGGUGUGCUCUUUGCCGCCAUGCUGAUACCUAUUAAUCGCUGGCUGGCCAAACGGAUUGGCAUCUAUUCGAGUGGCCUGAUGACGGCCAAGGAUGCCAGGCUGUCGGCCACCACAGAGACCAUGCAAGGAGCAAAACAGAUCAAAAUCAAUGCCUGGGAGGAUAUAUUUAUCACGAAGAUACGUGGGCUAAGGCAGGAGGAACUGAGAUUUCUAUCGAAGCGGAAGUAUCUGGAUGCCAUGUGCGUGUAUUUCUGGGCUACGACACCGGUGUUGAUGUGCCUGCUCACCUUCGGUGUGUCUGUCCUGAUGGGCAAUAAACUGGUGGCCUCGACGACCUACACGAGUGUGGCGCUGCUUUAUAUGCUCAUUGGACCACUAAAUGCCUUUCCCUGGGUCCUCAAUGGUCUCAUCGAGGCUUGGGUAUCAAUCCGACGCGUGCAACAGCUGAUGGACGUACCCAAUUUGGAUUAUUCCAGCUACUACAAUCCCAUAAUGCGUGGAAGCGGCGGGGAGAACACUUCUCUAAAUGCACCCAAGACCAGUGUGCUGCAGAUGAAGGGCGCCACGUUCACCCACGACAGCCAGGAGGGAGAAGCACCCACUGUUGCCAUACCCUUUCGCCUUAAGGACAUUAAUGUGGACUUCAAAGCGGGACAGCUCAUUUGCAUCGAGGGACCUAUUGGUGGGGGCAAGAGCACCUUCCUCUCGGCCAUUGUGGCCGGUCUCCAAUGCACCGAUGGCGAGGUCUGUGUCCAGGAGCUAACCACUGGCUUUGGCUAUGUACCACAGUCGCCUUGGCUGCAGCGUGGCACCAUACGCGACAACAUCGUGUGGGGCGCCCAUUUCGACGAGCAAUGGUACAAGAGUGUGCUCUACGCCUGCGCCCUGGAGGAGGAUCUGCAGAUCUUGGGCGGGGAUCUUGUUGGCGUGGGCGAGAAUGGUAGAACUUUGUCCGGAGGCCAACGUGCCCGAGUUGCUUUGGCCAGAGCCGUUUAUCAGGAUAAGAAAAUUUAUCUGCUGGAUGAUGUACUCUCCUCGCUGGAUGCCCAUGUGGCCAGGCACAUUAUCAAGCAUUGUAUACUCCGUUUGCUGAAGCACAAGACCCGGAUUGUGGUCACGCGUAGUGUGCCCCUGUUCUUCCAUGCCAAUCAGAUACUGCAGGUGAAGGAUGGCCAGCUGGGACCCAGUGAAUACAUGACACAAAGCAUUGAUCUCAGCGAAGAGGAUGUGGACGAAGACGAUGCGGAUCAGCCAGUGCGUCGCCGUUCCGUGGAGAUAUCCAAUCAGGAUGACAAUCGGAGCGUAGACAGUCUGCUGAUCGAGGAAUCCCGGGAAUUUGGGCAUCUAUCGAGCAAUGUUUUUGCCUGCUAUUGGCGUGCCGUCACCUCACCCUUGGCCUUCGCCGUUCUGUUUUUUGUGCUGCUCAUGCAGAUGACCAGGAAUCUGAGUGAUGCCUGGCUGGCGCAUUGGGUCACAGAGACCACACUGGAUCCCCAUUCGAAUGACACAUCGCUGGAGCAUCUGUUGGGUAACGACUCGGCAUCGGGUCAUACCACUGGCUUCUAUCUGGGCAUCUUCACGGCCAUUGCGGUGACCAAUUCUUUGGCCACGCUGGCCAGGGCCUUCAUCUUUGCCUAUGCUGGCAUCAAGGCGGCUAUUUUCAUGCACGAACAGCUCCUCAAGAAAGUCAUGUUUGCCAAGUUCAACUUUUUCGACAUUACCUCCGUGGGACGCAUCCUGAAUCGUUUCUCCUCCGAUACGAACACUGUGGACGAUUCGCUCCCUUUUAUACUCAACAUUCUGUUGGCACAAUUGGCCGGACUGGUGGGUGCCCUCUGUGUCUGUCUGUACGCCAUGCCCUGGCUGGGUCUGGUCAUCAUUCCGAUGGUACCAAUCUACCUCAAUCUGCAGCAACGCUAUCGCCAUGCCUCGCGGGAUAUUAAGCGUUUGUCGAGCAAUGCCAUGUCCCCGCUUUACACACACUUUACGGAGACGCUGCAGGGUUUGACAACGAUCAGGAGCAUGAGGGCAAGUCCUCGCUUUCAGAGGGACUUCCAGGUGAAGCUGGAGGAGAGUAUCAAGGCGCAAUUGACGCAGUCAGCGGCUCAACAGUGGCUGGCCCUGCGUAUGCAGUUGCUCGGCACGCUACUGGUGGGUGGUGCGGGUCUCCUAGCCGCCAUUACAGCCUCGCAUGCAACGAAUCCCGGUCUGGUUGGGCUGUGUAUCUCCUAUGCUCUCUCGAUUACGGGACAGCUGGGGGAUCUGCUGCAUGCAGUGGCCGAAACGGAGCAGGAACUGGUUGCCGUCGAACGUGUGGAUCAGUAUCUGCAGUUGGAGGGCGAACAGAAUGCCUUGGGCAGUGCAGAUCCUCCAUUUGGCUGGCCCACACAGGGCGUCCUCCGCUUUCAGGAGGUUCAAUUGAGCUACAGGGAGCAUCUGAUACCGGCCCUGCGUGGCAUCAGCUUCGAUACGGAGGCGUUCGAGCGCAUUGGCAUUGUGGGGCGCACUGGUGCGGGCAAGACGUCUGUUCUGGCUGCCCUGCUGCGUGUGGCACCGCUCUCCCAGGGAGAGAUACGACUGGAUCAGGUGAAUCUAAAGACUUUGCCGUUGAGUGUACUUCGGGAGAGAAUAGGAGUCAUCACCCAAGAGCCUUUCCUCUUCGAAGGAACUGUGAGGGAAAAUCUGGACCCCCGUCAUGGCUUCUAUGACUCGGAGAUCUGGCAUGCCGUCAAAAACUCGGCGGCGGCUACGCUGUUGGUGCAACAGCUGGGAGGCCUGGAUGGUCGCGUAGAGCAGUGCGGCAAUAAUUUAUCUGCUGGACAGCGGCAGCUUCUAUGUCUCGCUCGAGCAUUGCUGAAGAACGCCAAAGUUGUGUGCAUCGAUGAGGGCACCUCCAAUUUGGACGAUGAAUCCGAUCUGUGCAUGCAGCAGGCGCUACGCAAUGCCUUCAAGAGCUGCACUUUGCUGUUUAUAGCCCAUCGGUUGCGUGGCCUGCAGGCCAUGGAUCGCAUUAUUGUCCUAGACGAUGGUAGGAUCUGUGAGGAGGGCAAACCGCAGGAGUUGGCCCAUAAUACAGCGACCAUAUUCCAUGGCAUGUUAGUGGCCCAGGACAUCAGUCUCGAGGAUUUUACUAGGCUGGAUUAGGACACACGAAAAACGAUUGUGAGGAUACUAGCUAAUGUUAGGUAUCCUUGUAAAUAUGUCGAUACUACUUGUACAAUUCUCGAUUGUAUUAUUUUUUUAGUUAAUAUUUAAUUUGUUUUAAACGAUUCACCAUGAAUCACCAUAAUCCAACGAGUUCCGAUUGCAAAUAUAACAAUAUUUUGUUUUUAGUUUUAUUUCUAAAUUUAUUUAAGCCAAAUAUCAAUUUAACAAUUUUAAUUAUAUUUAAAUUAUAUUUGUAGUCAAAAAAGCCAAAAAAAGGUAAAAAUUGUAAGCGAGUUCCCCUUAAAAAACAAUCCUAUUUUGCUUUGUCUUAUUUCUGCAUUUAUUUAAUCAAAAAAUGAAUUUGAUUUUUGUAUGGGACUUUCCCUAU